AUUCAAAUGAAUACACGGGAACCAUUUAUCUUAUCAUCUUCUCAUUCUUCUGUGCAUAUUUUCUUAGGCCUAUUUUAUCCUGUCUCACAGCCAACAGUCAACUCUGCCUCCACCACCACGCCCUCUAACUUUCACCGAACCCCCAUUCUGAGCCACCACUUCCCCUACCGAGUCCGUCAAGUCUAUCAACAAGGGUAAAAAUUAUUCUGAUUCUUCUCUCAAAACAGAAAACAGAAAACAGAAAUAUGGGAAAAGGAAAACCCAACACCCAUCCUGCUAUUAAAUCCUAAAGAUCCUCCCUUUUUCGGGUUCGGCUCCUCCGAUCUGCCUCGGCCGUCGUCACUGUCACGCCGCGAGUCUCAAAUCCUUGAAGGCACGGACUACUAUCGCACGCUUAACGAGAUUGAUUAUGCAGGCAUGUCAAAUACCGCAGGUGUCUCCAAUUCACCUGUUAUGGAAGUUCUUAACCGUAAUAACUAUAAAAAGUGGAGAUUGCGGGUAAAAACUUACUUGUUGGCCGAAGAUUUAUGGGAGGUUAUCGAAGCAAUCAGGGAACCUGUUACAAAAUUUGAUGACAACGAACCCGAAUACAAGGCUUGGACAAUAAAGAAUGCUAAGGCUUUAUAUGCAAUUCAAAAUUCAUGCGGACCAGAGAUGUUUCAUUUUAUAAGCGAAACUGAAACGGCCAAAAUUGCUUGGGAGACUUUGCAAAAAAUUUCGACAUUAAGAGGGCGUGUUGAGAACAGUGCCGAAAACUUCGAGCCUUACAUACCUUUCACCAAAUUUGUGAGCGAAGGUGAUUGGAGUAAGGCAAAGGAGUACCUUAAACUUAAAGAACUAGAUCUCCACAGCGCCGUAAGAGCAAUAGAUCCGAGAAUCGGGUUUGGAGACACAGCCAUUCACUUAGCAGCCAGGCAAGGACACGUGAAUAUUGUGAAAGAGUUGGUGCUGUUGAUGACCCCAGAAGAUUUGAAAAUGAAAAACGCUAAAGGUGCAACAGCUCUUCAUGCAGCAGCAUGGAGUGGGCAAUUGCUUACUGUCAAGGAGUUGGCGCUGUUGAUGGGAGAAGAAAUAAACACCGUUGGUGACACAGCUCUUCACACAGCAGUACGUAGAGGGAAGGUGGACAUUGUGAAAGAGUUGGUGCUGUUUAUUCCAAAAGACUUGAAAAUAAAAAAUAAUUAUGGUUACACAGCUCUUCACCUAGCAGUCGAGAUGAGAAAUGUGCCUAUAGUGAAAGAUUUGGCAGCGUUGGGGGGAGAAGUGAGAGGCCCUGAUGGUGACACUGCUCUUCAUUUAGCAGUCAAGAUGGGGGCUGCAAAAAUUGUGAAAGAGUUGGUGUUGUUAAUGAGAAGGGAAGAUUUGGCAAUAAAAAAUGAUGAAGGUUACACAGCUUUUCACCUAGCGGUAAAGAUGGGUAAUGUGCCUGCUGUGAAACAGUUCAUGACAAAAGAAAAAGAGCGAGACUUUGAUAGCUAUAUUCAGUUCACCACUCACGUGGCAAAUGGUGAUUGGGGUAAUGCAAAGGAGUGCCUUACAAAACUAGAUGAUCCCUGUGACGCAAUAACGAUAGUUGAUCCAAGAGACGGAAACACUGUUCUUCAUGUAGCAGCUAGAGAAGGUCAUGUGCGUAUUGUCAAAGAAUUGAUAUCAUUAGUGAGACAAGAAAAUUUGCAACAGAAAACUGUAGAAGAUUUCGCAACUUUUGGUUAUGGUAUAAAUUUAGGCGUCACUGAAGAAGUUCUCAUGGAAAAGGUCAAAUAUAUGGUUGAACAGUACGAGAAAACACUUGCCAGUAUUUUGGAUGUACAAAAUGCACAAGGUUCCACAGCCCUUCACAUAGCAGUAUCCAAGGGUAAUUUAGAUAUUGUGAAAGAGUUGGUACCAUUAAUGAGAAAAGAAGGUUUAGAAAUAGAAGAUGUUGAAGGAUACACAGCUCUUCACAAAGCAGUUGGGAAUGGUUAUAUUGAUAUUGUGAGAGAGUUGGUGCCAGUGAUGAGACAAGAAGGGUUAGAAUUAAAAACAGCUGGGGGCUUCAAUGCACUUCACCUUGCAGUCAUGUCUGAGCUGACUGAGCAUAUGAAUAUUGCAAAAGAGGUGAUGCCAUAUAUGAGAAAAGAAGCUUUGGAAGAAAAAGAUGAUGAAGGUUAUACAGCUUUAGGUCGUACGUUAGAAGUAAGCGAGGAUAAAGACGUGAUGGAAAUAGCUGGGUACAUGGCUGAAAACAACAAUAAAGUAUUUGGCAUUAGGACGUCUCCUGGUAAUUGGAUUCCAGUUGUCAGUGCUACCGUUAAGAGAGAGUGGGAUUUGUGUCGCUAUCUCUAUUCUCGUACUCCCCCUGAAUAUCUAAUGCCUGAGCACGGGAUGGAUGGCGCACGGUUGAUUAUCGAUUGCUUUAGAGCGAAGGAGCUUGGUAUGGCUUUGGACUUACUUCGGCGUUGCCCUAGAUUGGCCAUCAGUCCAACCAACUCUGGAUGUCCCCCCAUAAUGGAAUUGGCUGGCAUGCAUUCUGCAUUCUUGAGUGGAACCCAACUUGGAUUUUGGCAACAUUUGAUCUAUAAUCGUUUACUCAUUGAACCUGCGAAUUUGGAAACUCCUGAUACUUGCAUCAAUAUUUCAAGACAACAGGAUGGUGGAGACAAUCAAAUGGAUCUCAUUCAUUCAGGAAAUAGGUAAGCCCUUUAUUGAACUAAAAUGAUUACAAAUUACAACCCUCAGCUGCAACUGCAGCUAGGAGAAAAUCAGGAGUACAAAAAUAAAAACAAGCUUGCGUAAGUGUACUAGCAUGCGCAGCUAACCGGGUCGUUCCUGUCUGGUUUUGGGUAUGAGGCGAUGGCGUUUUGGAGCAGUCGUGGAUUGACGGUGCUAACAAUAAGCCGGUAACGGUGUUGGGUUUACUUUAGUCCCAGGUCUGAGUGGCCGACAAUCCUUUCAACAGGUUUAGGUCACAACGAGUGUAGGCUUGGUCAAUCAAAGGCUGGUUAGGUGGAUUCUAGGUGGCGAGUUAGUGUUGUCAAAGUUGAGUGUCAAGUUUCAUUGCCUCUGCGCAUGUUGUCUUUGCCAUCUAGUUGUUGUGUAAGCUUUAUUUCUUUAGUCGGAGCCUUUUGGGCUCCUUCAGUCAGUCAUUAUAGAGUUCCAGUGUGAAAUCUAGUGGCCAUUUUGGUGUAAGAGAUGUUGCCCAAAAUCGUUGUAACCAGUUCAUUAUUAAUGAAGUUUCUUCUUGAUAAAAAAAAAAAAAAAAAAAAACCAGACAGAAAGGAGAAAUUAAAAAUGAAAAACCUAAGCCCCCUAGGUUCUCAUAUUACUUCAACGAAUUCAAUGCAAAUUUUCAAACAAUUGCCUGAUCUAAUUCUGUUCUCACUGUAUUUUUCAUUUGAUUUCAAAAGUCCCGGCAGAUUUACCUUCUGAUGAAGCUUUCAUUGACCUAGAAAAAUUGCUAGAAGGAUCAACGUAGAGAUCUACCACCUUCUAAUCUUGUUGCCAAGCUCUUUAAGUAAGCCCACAUUCCUGUUGAGAUUAUCAGGGAUCUUGGUCGUGGUUUUGGAUAAUUUCACGGAUUAGCAAUCUAUUCUGGCCGGUCAAAAAUGUUUUGUCCUUGUUCAAAGCUCUUAUGAAAUGUGUGCACAACCUUGCUAUCUUAUUGGACUUCCUAUGACAGUACAUAUACCACCUUCCAUCUAAUUUGAGUUCAACCAAACCAAUGCUUGUCCGUGCAACACAACCCAUAAACGUGUAGAAGGUAGUAAUGGAAUUAUGCGAAUCAAAGUCGUCUAAUUGUUCUAAGCAUUGAAGAUAUGGAACAUACUUGGAAUAAAGCAUCAUCUAGGCAUAGGCGUCCCUACCGAGCUCAUGGCCAAAGCCCUUGCUGCCAUUGUCACGACAACUCCGGUUCAAAGCCACCAAUUGGAUCCUCAACCACAAUUCAUACACCACCACAAUCGUCUCCUCUCCCACAUCCACCUCAGCCCAAACUCUACCGCUUCUUCCUCUCCCAUUUCACUCCCUCCUCAAAUUCAUAACCCCGAGACUAACUAGAAGCAGAAUUAUCCUAGGACCCUAAACGGGUCUCCCCCUAAUCGCGUGUCUUCGAUUGAGGAAGAAGUAGUUCAAAAAAAAAAAAAAAAAAAAAAAACUUAGGGU